GGGACAUUGCCAUCAGCUCACGUGGCUAUCCGAAGUUUUGCUCUUUGCCUUGAUUUCCUGGGAUUCCAUAUAGUCCUCGCCGAUAGAAAUACUAAUUUCGUGAUGCAAGCCUUGUGAAAAAUUCUCUUCUUCAUCCAUUUUUGGCAUCCGUUGGAAAGGCCAGUUCAAGCCUCUGUGGAAGCAUUGAGAAAAAACCAGAGCACCCAGUAUCUUCGGAGAACAUCCAUCAAUCAACCAGACACUAUGACCGACACUCCAUCAUCCGACCUGUCAAGGCGGCAGGCCAAAAUCGUUGACCGACACCUACCAGAUGGUUAUUCAGCGGCUCCAGAAACGAGCCUCGCCUCACGAGGGCGACAGCACUCUAAUGGCGAAGAGGUCGAAGAAUCAUCCCUCCUGCUCCAAGGCGGCGACAUGCACCGCGACAUCUUCAAGAUCCAAGCACGGGCUAAAGCUCCUAAAAGAUCUGCCACGUUCUCUUAUCCUGAGCGGAAUUAUGACGAUGACGAUGAGGCUCAGUCUCGAGGAGUUGCAGGUGGCGGUGUCGACGAGCAAAUGCAGCCCGGAGGUUUUCGUCGAGCGUACAUUGAGCGACGGUUGAGUAGUGUUGCUACACCCGUCACGAAAAACUUCAUCUCAUUCCUCGAGCUCUACGGAAGUUUUGCGGGUGAAGACCUGGAGGAUACGGACUUUGACGAUGACGAAGAAUCGCUCACCGCAUCUGAACAAGCGCGUGACGACAACGACGAAAGGCCUGUAAACGAAAGACGACCUUUGUUAGAUCGACGAAAAUCCUCGAAGCGUGUCAAAGCACAAGGCGACGCAAGCACAACCAAGACCUUCUUCACGCUUCUUAAGGCAUUCGUAGGCACGGGUAUCAUGUUCCUUCCGAAGGCAUUUCGCAAUGGCGGUAUUCUAUUCUCAUCUUUGACGCUCAUUGCCGUCUCCAUCAUCACUUCGCUAUGCUUCCGGUUGCUCUUACAAUGCCGUUCAACUUGCGGCGGCGGUGGUUACGGUGAGAUCGGAGAAGCCAUCUUCGGCAAGAAGUUCCGCGCUCUGAUUCUCGCAUCGAUUACCCUCUCUCAGUUGGGUUUCGUUUGCGCUGGUCUCAUUUUCACUGCUGAAAAUCUCAUGUCUUUCCUGAACGCCGUCGUACCGGAUGAUCGCCCACAGCCCUUCGGCACCGCAUCCCUCAUUGGCAUGCAGUUUGUCGUGUUGAUUCCGCUGGCCUUGAUCAGAAACAUUUCCAAACUUGGUCCGGCGGCUCUGCUCGCUGAUGUUUUCAUCCUGAUCGGUCUUGUCUACAUUUGGUACUAUGACAUCUCCUUCCUGGCCACCAAUGGCAUCGCAACAAGCGUGAACCUCUUCAACUCGUCCUCUUUUACUCUCACCAUCGGGUCCGCCAUCUUCACUUUUGAGGGCAUCGGACUGAUUCUUCCCAUUCAAUCCUCGAUGAAGAAACCCGAGCACUUCAGCAAGCUCUUGUAUCUUGUGAUGUUCCUGAUCACCAUCAUCUUCACCUCCGUCGGCGCGCUCUGCUACGCCACUUUCGGCGACACUACCAAAGUCGAAGUCAUCUCCAACUUUCCCCAGGAUAGCAAGCUUGUCAACGCCGUACAGUUCCUCUAUUCGCUUGCGGUACUCGUCGGCUCUCCAGUGCAACUCUUUCCUGCUGUACGUAUCAUCGAGACGACGCUCUUUGGCGAACGCGCUACGGGCAAGAAGUCCGCGACCAUCAAAUGGAAGAAGAACGCUCUGCGCACCGCUGCAUUGUUCUUCUGCGGUGGUAUCGCCAUCUUCGGCGCCUCGGAUUUGGACAAAUUCGUCGCCCUCAUCGGCGCGGUCGCAUGCGUACCCCUCGUGUAUAUCUAUCCGCCCUGGUUGCAUCUGCGCGGUGUGGCCGAGACACGUUUCGACAAGGCGUGGGAUAUCGGCAUGAUGGCGUUGGGGGUUGUGGCCAUGGUUUAUUGCACGGCGACAACGCUUAUGCAAUGGUCGUCAUAAAAAUGACGCUCUGCGAAUACGUGUGUCAACGUUUAUAGCCUGUCCGAGGAAGACAUUUGUGUUGUGAUCCAAAAGAAAAGUACUGUAUAGCGAUUUGCAUCAUGACUGGAAAAUGUGCUUGUGCCGCAUAAGAAGUUUCGCCCCGAUCUCUAUGUCAUCGUUUGUUGCCCAUUGGACGGGCCUACGACUUCUGAAUUUAACGAAAUGAAGAUUGAAACAGAUAUCAUCUAAUAAUCCGUUCCCGCG